AUGUCAGACAUCAAGCACACUAUAGCCAUCGAGGAGGGCGAGAUCGUCGUCCCUCAGGUCGGACCCGAGCGCGAUGCCAUUACCAAGCGUCUCCUGCACAAGCUCGAUAUGCGCCUUGUCACUUAUAUGUCGCUGUUGUACCUUUUCAACACUCUUGACCGCGGAAAUAUUGGCAAUGCGCGUCUUGGUGGUCUCGAAGAGGACACACACCUCACCGGCAACGACUUUUACAACGUGCUUUCCUUCUUCUACUUUGGCUACUGUAUUUCCCAGGUGCCCAACAUGUUUCUGCUCAAGAAAGUCAGCCCGUCGCUGCUGAUCGGCGUGACCAUGGUGCUGUGGGGCGUCUGCUCGACUUCUAUGGCAGCGUGCAAGAACUACUCCAGCCUACUCGCCGCACGCUUCUUCAUGGGGGUGUUUGAAGCUGGUAUUGGUCCCGGCGCCCCACUGGUCUUGUCGUUCUUUUACUUGCGCAAUGAGCUUGCAUGGCGCACAGCUCUUUUCUUCGGCAGCUCAACCAUUGCUGGCGCCUUUGGCGGAGCGAUCGCUUACGGGGUGUCCAAAAAUCUGGCCCACGAGAAGCUGGCACCUUGGCGGUUGCUGUUCAUUAUUGAGGGUAUCCCUACAAUUGCACUAGGCAUAUUCACAAUCUUCUUCUUGCCCAACUCUCCCCACAAGCUCGAGAAGUGGUUUGUGACGCCCGAGGAGAAGCAGGUGGCCAUUGAGCGUGGGCGCUCGGGACUCAACACCGACAAUACUGUUUUGGACAAGCGCCAGCUGAUUGCUGCCUUCAAGGACUACAAGAACCUCUUCACGUGUCUGAUAUAUAUCGGCCUGAAUAUCCCGCUAGCCUCGUACACGUCGUUCUUGCCCACGAUUGUCAAGAACAUGGGCUACUCGGACGCCAAGGCCCAACUGAUGACUGUUCCGCCAUAUGCGUGUGCGCUGGUCACUGUGCUGCUGUUUGCAUGGAACUCUGACCGUACCCAGCGCCGUGGCUACCAUGUUGCUGGUGCUGGCUCAAUUGCCUGCCUUGGCUAUAUCCUGUUGCUCUCGUCGGACCACAUGCACACCAACUAUGCUGGUGCAUGCAUCGUUGCCGUGGGGUUGUACCCGGUUGUGCCGCUGAUGCUGUCAUGGGUAGCCAACAACAAUGUUGGACACACAAAGCGUGCGAUCAGUGUGGCUAUGCUCAACACAUUCGGCCAGUGCUUCGCAACCGUAGGCACGCAGAUCUACAAGACUCACAUGGCACCACGCUUCUUCAUGGGAUAUAGUGUGUGUCUCUCGUUUAGCUUUCUGAUGAUCGUCGUGGCGCUGUCCCUGACAUACAUUCUGAGGCGGGAGAAUGCCCGCAGGGACGCCGAGUUUGGUGAGCCCAAGCUGUUGACCCCAGAAGAGCAGGCUGAGGCAAUCCGCAGCGGCAUCUACGACGACCACCCAAGCUUCCGUUAUUACGUCUAA